CAUACAAGUCAAGUAUUUUUUUCCUUUCAUGCAGGGUCUGAAUUUAUCUUGCCAGGAAAUAGCUUAGAUGCUAGACAUCAAUGGAUGCUUUUACUUUGAUAGCAUUUGUUGGUACCUGCUUUCUAUUCUUCUUGAAAGCAUCUACUGCUGUUGACUCCAUUUCUCCAUCUGAGCCUCUCCCUUAUGGUAACACCUUAGUCUCCAGUGAUGGAAGCUUUGAGUUGGGUUUCUUCUCUCCAGGCAGUUCUGGGAACUGGUACUUGGGAAUUUGGUACAAGAACAUCCCAGUCAGGACGGUUGUUUGGGUUGCAAACAGGAUGAAUCCACUAAACGACUCUUCUGGCAUGCUGAUGAUAACAAACACAGGUGAAAUUCAGAUUCUGAGUCAGAACGUAACUGUUGUUUGGUCAGCUAACUCAACAGCAGCAGCUCAGAAUCCGGUAUUGCAGCUUCUGAGUACGGGCAAUCUUGUUCUGAUGAAUGAACGUGAUGAAAAUUCAGGAGCUUACUUGUGGCAAAGCUUUGAUUAUCCAUCAGAUACGCUGCUACCAGAGAUGAAAUUUGGAUGGGACUUGAGGACUGGCCUUGACCGGCGUCUCACAGCAUGGAAGAACUCUGAUGAUCCAUCUCCUAGUGACUUUACUUGGGAAUUUGAACUACAAGGAGAUCCUGAGGGAGUUCUAUGGAAAGGCUUGCAGAAGUACUUUCGGGGUGGCCCCUGGAAUGGCAUAGGGUUUAGCGGCUCACCAAGUUUAAAGCCUAAUAACCCAAUUUUUGCAUAUGAAUUUGUCUUCAAUGAAGAUGAAGUGUACUACAUGUACACCCUCAGAAACAAGUCUCUAAUCUCAAGGAUUGUGCUGAACCAAACUGACUACACAGCUCAGAGAUACACAUGGAGUGAAGAAACUCAAACAUGGAGGCUUAUUGGGUACCUACCUAGAGACUAUUGUGACACAUACGGACUGUGUGGUGCAUAUGGAAAUUGUGACAACACUCAGCUUCCAGCUUGCCAAUGUUUGAAGGGAUUCAAGCCUAGAUUACCAGAUAGAUGGAGCUCAGGGGACUGGUCUCAAGGAUGUGUCAGAAACAAACCAUUGAACUGCCAGAGAGAUGGAUUUCUCCGAUUUAAACAGUUGAAAUUGCCUGAUGCUAACCAUUCUUGGGUAAACAGAACAAUGACCCUCAAGGAUUGCAAGGAUAAAUGCUUACAGAAUUGUUCUUGUAUGGCAUAUAGUAGUUUUGAUAUAACAGAAGGUAGUGGUUGUGCUAUUUGGUUUGGUGAUCUAGUUGACAUUAGGCAGUUUCAAUCUGGUGGGCAGGAUCUGUUCAUUAGAAUGUCUGCUUCGGAAUUAGGAUCGAAAAUAAACGAGACAAAGUUGAAGAUAGCACUGACAAUUGCAACUCCUCUUUCUUUUCCACUUGUUGUGCUUAUUGUCUGCUAUUACUUCGGCAAAAGCAAAAAAAGAUCAGAAGAGAGAAUAGAAGAAAAGAAAGAAACUGAUAUAAGUAAUGAAGGCCAGGAAGAAGACAUGGAGCUUCCAAUGUUUGAACUAGCUAGAAUAUCAAAUGCCACAGAUAACUUUUCAGUCAGCAACAAGCUGGGUGAAGGGGGUUUUGGACCUGUUUACAAGGGAAAAUUGGAGGAUGGGCGAGAAAUCGCUGUGAAAAGGCUUUCCUUGACUUCCGGGCAAGGAAUAAAUGAGUUCAAGAAUGAGGUUAAACUGGUUGCCAAACUUCAGCACCGGAAUCUUGUUAGGCUUCUUGGGUGUUGCAUUGAAGGAGAGGAAAAGAUGCUGGUUUAUGAAUACAUGCCUAACAAAAGCCUGGACUCAUUCAUUUUUGAUCAAACAAGAAGUAAAGAAUUAGAUUGGUCCAGGCGUUUCAGGAUUAUCUGUGGGGUUGCCAGGGGGCUUCUUUACCUUCACCAGGACUCCAGAUUGCGGAUUAUACAUAGAGACCUCAAAGCUAGUAAUGUUCUUCUAGAUAGUGAGAUGAACCCCAAAAUUUCAGAUUUUGGCCUGGCCAGAACUUUUGGAGGAGACCAGACUGAAGGGAACACAAAGAGAGUUGUUGGGACAUAUGGUUACAUGGCCCCAGAAUAUGCCAUUGAUGGGCUAUUCUCAGUAAAAUCAGAUGUCUUUAGUUUUGGUGUAUUAUUGCUGGAGAUAAUAAGUGGGUUUAAAAAUAGAGGGUUCUUCCAACCAAAACACAACCUCAACCUCAUUGGACAUGCAUGGAGGCUAUUGAGAGAAGGCAACCCUUUAGAACUUGCAGCUGAAUCGUUAGGAGAGUCUUGCAACCCAUCAGAAGUUACCAGAUGCACCCACAUUGGUCUUUUAUGCGUACAACAAAAUCCUGAGGACAGGCCAACCAUGUCAUCUGUGGUGUUGAUGUUGGCAAGUGAGAUUGAAUUACCUCAGCCAAAACAGCCUGGUUUCUUGCUUGAAAAGACUGCACCUGGAACAGAUACUUCAACGAGUAAGCAUGACUCGACCACAGUAAAUGAAAUUACCAUCACAAUCUUGCAGGGUCGAUAAUGAAUAAUAUAGUCACGCCUGAACAUUGUUCACUGGUAUUCUUAUGUUUCUUCAAUUUCAAGCCUAAUGAGGUGCUAAAAAAGGCUUGAUGAGCAUAAGGUCACUUGAUUCCAAUGCGGAAACAUGACCCUUCAACUUUUUAAUCAAAUGUCAACUGAUUC